GGCGGAUCGUUAAAGUUCUUAAUAGAUUGCGCUUGUGGUGUUUGGUGUCGUCUGUUUGGGUUGUUCUUUUUUGUUCUAUUGGAAAUGGAUCCCAACUGUUCCUGCUCUAACGGUGGCUCCUGCACGUGCGCUGGCUCCUGCAAAUGCAAGGAGUGCAAAUGUACUUCCUGCAAGAAGAGCUGCUGUUCCUGCUGCCCAGUGGGCUGUGCCAAGUGUGCCCAGGGCUGCGUAUGCAAAGGGGCGUCGGACAAGUGCAGCUGCUGUGCCUGAUCUUGGGGAGCCCGUUCCCGAUGUAAAUAGAUCCACAUGUACAAGUCUACAGUAAAGACUUAAUUUUUCAUACUACUUGACCCAUUUGCUACAUUCCUGUUUUUAUGAAAUAUGAGUUAAAAUAAAAAUUUAAAUUUA